AGAAGCCAUGGGGUCUAUUGAUUCUGUAGGCACUACUACAGUAGCUUGAGUCAAGGCUGAAGAGUCCGAAGGAGACUGAGAAACGGGGAUUAUAGGAGGGAUAGGAGUCUCCAUUGCAGGUGCAGAAGAAGAAGGAGCGGCGUUUUUCGUGGAAUCAGUAGUUUGCUUUCGUCUCCAUACACCUGAAGGGCAGUGAGUUUGAAGAUGUCCUAAGUCACCACAGCAGGUACAGAUGGGGGGGACCCAAGGGUAUUCAAUGGAUACAGUGACCACAUCUCCAUUUUCCCUUUCCAGCUCACCGAAUUUAGGUAGGGGUUUAGUGACAUCCACUCUGCACUUUACCAUAAAGAAUUUCAACGCCUUUUUUGCCAAAAAGAAAACAAUCAAUGCAUGGAUUUUCAAAUACAAAAAUAGUAGGUUUUUCUAAUUCUGCUAGAUUAUACGGAUAUUUUAGUCAACAUAUUAUUAAAUUUUUCGAAAAGAAAAUAAAUAUUUUGACUAGAAAGAUUGCAUUAUCUAUUCAAAGUAUUUGGAAAAAACUAAAAUAAAACGGUUAUUAAAUAUGAAGUCAAGAUUUUUUUCAAAAAUUAGAAAAUAAUAUUUCAAUCCAAAAAUUUAUAAAUCAUUUAAUACUUAUCAUCAUCGUUUUGUUUGCGAAAUAUGGACAGUUUUGUUUUCUCGAGUAAACGUUAUAUAAAGUGAAAAGAAACAAAAUAAAAAGAAUCUUAAAAGAAAAAAACCACUCAGCUCUCCGCACCAUGUAUAGUGGGAAGAACUCUUUUUCGAAUCUGAACGUCUUUUAAGCUCAAAAAAGACGAGCAUUCCCCAGAAAGACAUCCUGUCACCUAAUCCCCGGAACUCGAGGAAGAGGAAAGAACCCAGAUAUGAACAAAGAUUUGGUUUUCUAAAGGUUCCAACUUUUUUUCUUGCCCAGAUUUAACAGAGGAGCGCGUUUUUGAAAGAACGCAACAUACGCAAUCUCUCUCUUACUUGUUGUCUUGCAGAGUGUUUCUCUUUCAGUGUGAUUCCAAACUACAGUAAAGUUAUUUUUAGUUCUAUUGGAUCUUGAGUUGUUUUGUUCAAAUAAAGGUCUUAUCAAUGUCUGUAAAGUAGAUAUUCCUAGGAAUUAAACAUCUACGUGAACCUUUUGUGGUCUUGUGAUCCUGUCUUGAUGGGUAAAGAGAAUCAGUUGGAGACAGCAAACUGUGGAGUCAAUGAUCACGAUUCUCCACCGAUCAAGAACGAGGAACUAGCUGCCGUGGCGCGUUACAGUACAGACAGUGACUCAGGGUUACCGACUUGUCGUGUAUGCCAUUCUGCAGAAUCCGACAAACGAGGAGAUACUGCCUUAGGGUUCUUGGGGAUCACUGCUACAGUUCUUAAAACCGAAACAGUUGAUGAUGAUGAUGAUGAUGCUGCUGAGCAGAAGAGUUCCAUUGAUGAUGAUAUCGAAAUGGGAAUGGUGCAGCACCAGGAUCCAUUGAUUGAGCUUGGAUGUUCUUGCAAGAACGAGCUUGCUUUGGUACACUACGCUUGCGCGCUCAAAUGGUUUCUCAACCACGGAUCAACCGUGUGUGAAAUCUGCGGGAUUGCUGCUGAGAAUAUAAAAACAGCUGACUUCAACAAAGUGGUCAUUGCCUUGAGAGAUCACACCGCCCUAAGAGCUGAUGGUGGAGGAGAUCUAAACUCUGUCUUACCUACAGAUGAAGCUGCUACCGUUCGAAGGCAAAGACUAGGUGAGAUAUCUUCAUGGUUUGGCCCCCAUGCCCUGAAUAACAACAGCAGUAGCUCUGCUGCAGCUUCUCAGGCUAUGCCUGAGCAACCUUUAGGUGCUGUGAACUUUGGUGUCUUGCCUAUGGAGAACCGUGCGACUAAAUGGGCUGUGGAAGGUACUGGGAUUCUACUUGCUACCGGUUUGCUUACUGUUACUUUGGUCUGGAUCAUUGCUCCUCGUGUUGGAAAGGAGACUGCUAGGAGUGGACUUCAUAUCCUUCUUGGUGGUCUAUGUGCUUUAAUAAUAGUCAUCUUCUUCAGAUUUGUUGUGCUCACAAGGAUCAGGUAUGGUCCUGCACGCUACUGGGCAAUCUUAUUCAUCUUCUGGUUUCUUGUGUUUGGUAUUUGGGCUUCUCGUUCCAGUUCUCACAAUAACUCUUGAAUCCAUCUUCUUCAUCAUCUCUCUGCCCUCUCUUUCUCUCUCUCUGCUUAUAAGUCUUUGUAAACCUUCUCUUGGAGAUAAAAAUGUACAUUUUGUUUCAUCAAAAGAAAAAUAAACCCAUACUGAUGAUUAUGAUGAA